CGACGAUUUAAAAAUUGAGACCUACAAUGUAUCUGCCUAGGUCUCUUAUAUCUCUUCUUUAUUCUCAUUUGCUCCGAUCUCACCACCCUCUUUCUCCGCCAGUCCUAAUCCUUGCGGCGCUCGAGCCAGAUGCACUAUGCGCGUGCCGAAUUCUUACUGCCUUGCUAAAAAGGGAUUAUAUUCCUCAUAAAAUACAACCAAUUGGUGGCUAUGGGGAUCUCGCUCGUGCUGGCGAGGAACUUGUUCAGCCGAUGCAAACGACAAUGGGCGGUAGUGGAGGCAUUGUGAUUUGCAUGGGCGUGGGCGGGCUUGUAGAUUUAGGCGAGAUUCUUGGCCUUGAAACCGAUGGCGAGGCGGGAGAUAUGGGUGGUGUGGAGGUCUGGGUUAUUGACGCGAGAAGACCGUGGAAUCUGGGGAAUGUUUUUGGAGGACAUCCAGAAUGUGCCCAACCGGAAGAAACCAACGAGAUGUCGAAAACGCGUGCUGCUGGUGUGGAUAGAGGUCGCAUAACAGAGUCAUAUAAACCCGGGAAAGGCGGGAUCAUUGUUUAUGACGAUGGUGAUAUCGAAGACGAUCUUGCCGCACAAAGAGACGCUUAUUGUAGCUUGGAGGCAAUGCCGGAAAUUGACGAUGAUACCGACGAGAGUGAUGGAUCUGACAGCGAUGGAGAUUCGGAGGAGGAGGCGGGAAGACCUACGAAGAAAAGAAAAUCAUGGUCCAGUCGAGAGGACGAAGACUCUGGUGACGAGGACGGACCACCACGACAGCGUAGAAGGAGUAAUUCAGGAUCCUCGGUGUCCACCCUCAACCCCUAUCUAACGUCACAGCGAGACUCAUCGCAGUCAUCGCGUUCUCCCUCCCCGCGUUCACGCUCUGUCUCUCCUGAAACACCAACGGCGCCAUCCGCACGUACCCUACGACGACGGUUAAUUCGACUUAAGCGAAAACAUGAAGAUGUACUUCGAGCUUACUACUCUCUCGGGACAUCAUAUUCCGAACCCAUCUCCUCCAUCCUUUACUCAUUAGCGUCGGAACUUGGCCGUGAAGAUAAUGACAUUUUGUGGCUUGCAAUUAUUGGGGUCUGUAGCCUGGAGCUAUCCGGCCGUACCAUGUCGGGGGUGGGAAUAUCGGACUCAUCCGAGUCUGGCGGAUCAGCAGGUUGGGGUGGAGGAAGGGGUGAACGAAUACGUCAGCUUCUACGAGACGAAGUUCGACGUCUGAACCCCCCGGGCGACAGUGAAAAUGGGCGUGAAGCUAUGCGAAGUGAAGUCAAUGGCGUCAUACCCACCACUGGACGAUCACCCACAGACACUUCCAUCUUGCUAUCGCCUGAACCACGGCUUUUAUUACUACGACAUUGGUCUCUCUAUGAGAGCAUGCUUCAUAGUCCCUACUUAGCGCCCAGGUUACACGUCUGGAACGAAACAGGGCGAAGAAGGCUUCGUAAGCUCCUUGCUAAGAUGGGUGUGAGUCUCACCCAAUGCCACCAAAAUUAUACCCAUAUGGACAUGGAUUUAAAGCGCGAUCUACGACAAAAGAUGUUGAAGUACGCGCCGAUGUAUGGGUUGGAAGGAUUGGUGCCUCCUCCCUCAUCAGGAGGCUUUUCAGGGACUCGGGAAGGAUGGGGCUUUGUUCGCAAUUGGGGAUGGAAGGCCUGCCUCUCUGCGACCGACAUUGGCGUAAUUAUUGGUGCAAUCCUGGAAGUCGGCUCACUCCAAUCUGACGUAUCCACUGCUGCUAAACAAGAUCCUCUCAAAGAGUCGGACGAGAAGGAAAAUACUAAUUCUUCCUCCAACCAAGAUUCGCCCAGUAUUCUUGCCCGAUUCUGGGAUGCUUAUGAUGCCCUUUCACCCACAUCCUCCGAAUCACCUACUGAACUCCUUAAGUUCCUCCCUCUGGCUCAACACUUGCAUCGUGCAAUCUUACGCACUGGGACGUCACUGCUAUCCAAAAGGCAGAUUCGACAUUUGCGCGCGUUUCGCAUUGCUGUCGUGAAAGAUGGACCAGAUGUCAAACUGUUUACGAAUCCCGGCGCAUUGACCAAGCUAGCUUUAUGGGUGGGUGAGGCUGUCCGCAUUCAAGAGAAAGACAAGGCGGACGGAUAUAAGAUUGCAGGUAAACGAGGAAUGGGAACUCCACUUGUUUUGGCAGGAUUGGACGAAGAUAGAAAUGUUUAUGUUGUCGUCGGAACCGGCGGAGGGGGUGGGGUGAUUGACUUUGCUGCUGCAGCCCAGCGCAGAGAAGACCGGAAAAAGAAGAAAGAAGCUCACGAGAGAAAACGUGCUGAGUGCGAAGAACGCCGUGCCAAACGUGCUGCCGAGCGUGCAGAGCAAGGAGAGGACGAGCCAGAUGGUUCGGAAAAUGAAGAGGAGGAUUCGUCGUCUUCAAGUUCUGAUUCCGAGUCAGAUGAUGAGCAGGCAAGAUUUACAGGGCACAAGUUUCUCAAAAAUCGCUUUGGGAUUGCAUUCCAAGAAGUGGUACGUGAGACAAAUGCGCGUGUUCGCAUUGAUAGCUUUGAGCAUUGCGUGGUAGAGGUGCAAAAGGAGGAUCUGGGUGGAUUUUUAGAGGCGCUGAGUUUCAGAAGCGUUGUAGAUUGAUGCGAUGCCCACCUACAAAUUCAUCAAUACCUCUUUGUUACUAGUGAUUCGCAGCAUUGAACAGCGCCGCUCUUUCAUUAUUCUGGUUGCCGUGACGAUACCCUUUCGAAUGCGUUGGUCGGACAUAAUAACUAUUGAAGUGCCUGAGCACUUCUGCCUCCGGUAGCUUUUCAUCAUGAGCAUACGUUGUUUAUUGCUUCAGGGCCCCCUUUUUUAUGUAU